AUGAAGAAUAUUGGAAUCGAUCUUUUUGUCGGAAUAGUUUCCAGUUGUGUUAAUACAAUGGUAGGUUACCCAAUGGAUUUUAUUAAAACCAGGAUGCAACUCCAACACACUAAAUAGGGUACAAUGUAAUCAAUAAUAAAAAUUAUUUAAAUGGAGGGCAUCAAAGCAUUGUAUAGAGGUAGGGUAUCUAUUUAACUAUUGAACAGUGUAUUUGCAGGAUCAAUUUAUUUCACUACUUACGAGCAAAUUCGAAGAUAAUUUGAAAAAUACGAUAAUUUGCCUAGGAAUAGUUAUUUACCAUUGCAUCAAACUUUUCUAGCAGGGUCAACGGCUGGUAUUUGUAGUGAUUUAUUCGCUAUUCCAUUUGAAUACACAAAAAUUUAAUCCUAAAAACAAGAAAUUCUUAAGGGUUAAAAAGUUAAAGGUCCGUUGUAUAUUUUAUUUGAAACCAUUAGAAAAUAAGGAAUUAAAUAAAUAUAUAAGGGAUCUCUAUUGCAGGUGAUAAGGGAUUUUGUUGGAUGCGGUUCAUUUUUUUUAGCUCAUUCAGAAACUUUGCAUUUCUUUACACCUGAAGGUAAAUCGAGAAAUGAAGCAUCUUAGACUGGAAUCUUUGCAGCUAGCAUAGCAGCAGGAUUUGGAUACUGGGUUAUUAGCUAUCCAUUAGAUAUCAUAAAAACAAGAUAUUAAGUUGACAAUUAGAAUGUAUUAAAUGUGGCAAAAUAAACUUAUUUAUAAGGAGGAGUCUUAUAAUUCUACAAGGGGUUUAAAAUCACAGUUCUAAGAAGUGUAUUUGUCAAUAUAUUUUAAUUAUACACCUAUGAAAAUUUAAGAAGAGCUUGCUAUAAAUAUGCUUGA